AUGAAGGUUAUGGAAGACCAAGCUUUGGAGGAAGAGACGGGCUUUCAGGAUGAUGAGGAAUCCUUUUUUCAAGACAUAGAGCUCUUACAGAAGCAUGGCAUUAACAUGGCUGACAUCAAGAAGCUGAAGUCUGUGGGGAUUUGUACCGUGAAAGGGAUCCAGAUGACCACACGCCGUGCUCUCUGUAAUGUUAAGGGGCUGUCUGAGGCUAAAGUGGACAAAAUAAAGGAAGCAGCUGGAAAGUUGCUGUAUUGUGGGUUUCAAACAGCUUCUGAAUAUAGUGUGAAAAGGAAACAAGUCUUCCACAUCUCAACUGGCAGUUUGGAAUUUGAUAAACUUCUUGGAGGAGGUGUGGAGAGUAUGGCCAUUACUGAAGCUUUUGGUGAGUUCAGAACUGGAAAGACUCAACUCUCUCAUACCCUGUGUGUAACUGCUCAGCUGCCUGGAGAGUAUGGGUACACAGGAGGAAAAGUCAUCUUCAUUGAUUCUGAAAACACCUUUCGCCCAGAGAGGCUGAGGGACAUUGCUGACAGGUUCAAUGUGGAUCAUGAAGCUGUAUUGGAUAAUGUGCUGUACGCCCGUGCUUAUACAAGUGAGCACCAAAUGGAAUUAUUAGACUUUGUUGCAGCCAAGUUUCAUGAGGAGGGAGGUGUCUUCAAACUUCUGAUAAUAGACUCAAUUAUGGCUCUUUUCCGGGUGGACUUCUCUGGAAGAGGUGAGCUCGCUGAAAGACAGCAGAAGCUUGCACAAAUGCUCUCUAGACUGCAAAAGAUUUCUGAAGAAUACAACGUUGCAGUAUUUGUUACAAAUCAAAUGACUGCAGAUCCAGGAGCUGGAAUGACAUUUCAAGCAGAUCCCAAAAAGCCUAUUGGAGGACACAUACUGGCACAUGCCUCCACCACACGCAUCAGCUUGAGAAAAGGACGUGCUGAGCUGAGAAUUGCCAAGAUAUUUGAUAGCCCAGACAUGCCAGAAAAUGAGGCUACCUUUGCCAUUACUGCCGGAGGAAUAACAGAUGCUAAAGACUAG